UAAAAAGUGGUUCGAGAGAGCUGCAAAGCCACCUGAGCGAAGUAGGCUAUGGAUACGUUCAUUUAGUCAAGUGAAAGUCCGCUGCAGUCUCGUCAACAAAGCUCUAUAAAUCGUUGCUAAUAUUACAAUAGGUGCUGAUCUCUGUACAUAGACCUAUACAGUCCAUAAUAUCAAUAAAUAGUAAAACUCAUAAGACGACCGUAUUUUGAACCAACCGACCACCGCGAAAUAAAUAGUUUACAUUGAUGUCAGGAGGCUCUUUUCCCAAGUGCUAUCCUCGCCUUCAAGAUGGAUGGAAAGGCCAUUGAAGUUCUCGGCGUCCCUGGCAGCCUUCUCGCCCCGGACAGGAUGGUUGACAAGCUCACAAUACACUUCCUGAGACCACGCAAUGGCGGCGGAGAGGUUCUGACAGUGAUGUUCCCCACCAGCAUCUCGGGCCGGGCCGUUGUCGUGUUUGAGAAGCCUGAAGUGGCUGACUCUGUCUUGUGGCAGAGCCAUGAUUUGACAGUGGAAGGACAACGCUUUCCUCUUGAAGUCAGGAGAAUGAACAGACUGGAGUUCGACAUGCCGGUCAAGGCCACUGUGGAUGUGACCAUGUUCAACAACGAUGAGGCAGUCCUGCGUCUCCUUCAGUCCCAUGGCUUUCAAGUGACUGAGAGUCGCCCUGGUCAGCUGCUCAUAAUGGGCUCCUUUCUGAAGCUCCGGGCUGUCAAGGCCCAACUCCAGCAGCUGUUAACCGGGGAUCCCCAGCCCCACAGCAGCACACACACGAGCAGGGUCCACGACCAUGCAAACCAGGCUUUAAGCGCAAGACGUUCUUCGGUCAAUGGAGAGCAACGUUCACCUCUCCUUCAGACUUCUCAACACUCCGACUUGUUGGACUCAGGCUCUGCUCACAACUUGUCCAGCCCACAGAGGACCAGCCCAUCUCCAGGCCUCCAGGUGGCCGGGCCUGGAGCUAACGUGACCCAGAGGAUGAAGCCGUGCCUCAGGCCAGACGAACACGACUCCCACACCCCAUCACGCAAGUCGCUGUCCUUCUUGACAGAAGAGGAUGUGCUCAACUACGCCCUGUGCUUUAGGAAAAAGGACAUUAAUGGAAUUCUGCAAAGCCACAAUACUGAAAUCGAUGUGAAGAGUACAGGCAGUUCUGGUGUUAAGUGUGUUUUCCUCGACGGUCAGAACCCAGAGAUGGCGGUGGUCAAGCUGCAGAGCGUUCUCAGCCAACUCACGGCAACACUACGCACCCAAGAAAUCAAUCUGUCCUCACUUGAUCACGACAAUCAGGUAAUGGUCAGUAAGCGGAUUCAGAAGUAUAAGGACAUAUAUCCUGCUGUUGUUGUCAGUCAGGUCGGAGAUACUCUUCGCCUCGUAGGUCCUUCCUGUGAUAGUUACGAGAUGAAGCAGAUGCUCCUGGGAAAAGCAACGGAACUGCCACCUGCUGGGAGGACAGGGAGACCGACGGGCCGAAACUCUAGAGACAGGAGAAGUAGUUCUAUGCCCCGCCUGACCCAAAGGGAGGACGCCCCAUCGGGCCAUGGCCCUGCGACCACUGCGGCUUCAUCACACUACUUCCCAUCAAACUACCAGGAUGACCCUGGACGCGGGAGGGCUGACCAGAGGCCUGGAGAAGCCCUGCCCCCUGCAUACUCCUCAAGGGGGAGGAGCGGCUCCGAGAGCCAGUCGAAAACAAACAAUCGGAAGGAGGAACUGGGGCAAGGAAGAGGUACUAGGGAACAAAGGCAGGCCGCACAGAGGCAGGACAAAGGCGAUCUGGGAGUUCCCGCUGCUGGACAUAAGUCCCCACUUGCGAAACUGCAGUCAAAAAUGCCAUCGCUACCAAUGAGCAUGACGAAAACAGAGAUAAAAAAAAAGUUUAAUAUAACCAAGAAGUGGUAAAAGAGGGUUGCGUCCUGCUUUAUGCUAUAUUCUGUUUAGAUGUUCUAGUGGACUGUUAAUAAAUUGAAACAAUAACUUGA